AAAGGCUUACUCGUUUCCUCAUUCAAUUGUACAUUUCUUUUAAUGAUUCUAAUGGAUUAUGAAAAGUUAUGUUUCUUUUCAUUUUUCAUCAUUACUAUUAUUUCAAAUGGGACGCAUUUAUUUGAAUUGGUAAUGUGAUGAUGAUACGGUUUGGUUAGGUAAAGAUGAUAGUAUUUUGCGGUUUUCCUCCUUGAGAAAGAGAGAAAGGAGGAAAAGUAAGAGGCCAGAAAAAAAAGAGUAAAAAAAGGAUGCGGAGCAACAAAUGAUGCUUAUUAAAGUGUGUAUGUGAUGGAAACAACAAAAGGCCAAAAUCAAAAAAAUGUAUUAAAAAGGUAAAGAAGUUAAAAUGAUAAAGCAAAUAGAUUAACCAUUUCUUAAAAUAAGAGAGAGAGAGAGAGAGAGUAAGUAUCCCAAUAGAUGUGAGCUGAGGAUGAAGAGGAUAAAGAGGGAAUCUAAAUGAUGAUGAUUGAUAAUCACACAAAAAGAGAGGGAAGAAAGGAAGAGAGACUGGAAAAGAUGGAGACAUCUGUUAAGCUCAAUUCACUUGCAAUGUAAGUCACCAGAUGACGCUGUUCGAGUUAGAGUAAGGAGGAGGAGGGAAAGUUGAAGGAAACCAGAAAAAAGUGGAAAAGGACUUCGAGCAACAAUUCAUGUUUUAUUAUAGUGUGUAUUAGUGUGAUGCAAACAACAAAAGCAAAUGGAAUCAAAUCACGGAUCACAUCAUGAAGGUUUUUCACCUUACCUAGCCACAAAUGAAUGUCGGAUUAUUGAAUAUCGUGGAGCUCGAUUAGCCGCUUUCUUGUCCGCUAAUCGAACUCCUUGUGAGUAUUUACUCUGUUUACCUCAAGCAUUUGAACUGUUUCUCAAACAUUUAGUCGGCGGACUUCACACUGUUUACACCAAAUUAAAGCGAUUGGAUAUUGUCCCAAUUGUGUGUAAUGUUGAACAAGUUCGCAUUUUAAGAGGACUUGGUGCUAUUCAACCCGGUGUUAAUCGUUGUAAACUGUUAUCAACCAAAGAUUUUGAUGUACUUUUCAAGGAUUGUACUACAGCAAGUCGACCUGGUCGUCCACCAAAACGAAGUCCAGUAAAUGGAAUGGUUAGUCCCAUUCCAACAGCAACCACUCCCAGUCAACAGGGCAAUUCAGUGCCUUACCUGGGAUUCCCACCAACAGGUAAAAAGCCUCGAUAUGCUGAUGACGCUGACUAUGGAACUGAAUCUUUAGAAAUCAAACAAAUUCCAGGAAAUAAUUUAAAUGGAAACAAAUCAGCUUCAGCAGCAGCAGCAAUGUUAGCUGCAAAUGGAUAUACAGCUUUUCCCUUCCUUCAACAUUUUGGUGGCUCAGCAUCAACACCAACCAGUCAACAACAACAGCAACUAGUUGCAGCAGCAGCAGCUCUUGGUUUACCAGGUUUACCCACUUCCAGAUUCUCAUCUUCAAGUCCACCGCCUGGUCUAACGGGUUUAUCCCAUGAAACCAACUCAAAUAAUCGAGACUCAAAUUCAAACGGCGAUCUCAAUGGACCAGCAAAUGAGCUGAAUCCAAUUGCAGCUUAUUUAUGGCAAUUAUCUCAACAACAGCAACACCAACAGCAACAACAAAACUCAUCUCAAAACAAUUUAUCCUCACACAACGGCAACAACGGUAACUCUUCAACAAAUGGUUCAGCACUCAAUUUAAGUGUACGAAGCAAUGGUGCCAAUGGUGGCACUGUAGUUGUCAGUCCAGUCAACAACAACACUGAAAAUAACGCCAAUAACAACGGAACCAGUAACAAUAAUAAUCGUUCUAGUUACAAUGGUAAAUCAGAUUCACGAAGUUCAUCUCAUGGGUUACUGACGAUCAGCACUGUCAACAGCAACAACAUCAAUAAUCACAAUUCAUCUAAUAGGGAAAACAAUAGGGAUAACAAUACUUUAAGCAUCAGCAUCAAUAAUGCCAACUUGAAUAAUGGUUCAAAUAGGAGUUCACAUAAUAAUAGUAGCCACUUAAAUGCAAAUAACAUCUCAUUAACUGAUGAUCUUGAUGAAUCAACUGACGAUGAAGAUGAUGAAGAUGAUAUAGCCUCAAAUAAUAGCAGUAAUCAUAGUGAUAAUCCAGUGAGUAGCACAGGUUUUUAUGGUUUAUCAUCCGCAAUCCGUGUUUUACCAGAAGGAACAAUAACAACACCAAAUCAUACAUCAUCUGGUUCACCUAUUCCAAUAGCAUCAAGUCAUUCUUCUGGUCCAUUGGGAAUUUUAGGUGGUUCAACACCAAUACCAACAUCAACCCUAUCAACCUCAUCUUCCCACCAUCAUUAUCAUUCCCGAUCUUCAUUACCACAACCUGAACAUUGUUUGGAAACACUUCUACGUAAUAUUGAAGGGCUUUUAGCAAUAGCAGCACACAAUGCAAGGCAGCAACAAAGUCAAUUGAAUCAACAAAAAGCCGAAUUAAAAGCUGAACUUGGAGCUCAAGUGGAUAGAGAGCGUGAAUUAAAAGAGCAACUUGAAAGGCAAUUAAAUGAAGAGCAAAAAAUCAGAUUAUUAUAUCAAAAGCGAUUCAAAAAGGAACGUCGAUUUCGCCGUAAAAUUGAACAUGAUUUAGAGCAGUUACAGCAGAAAUCGAAGAGCGAUUCAUCGACAAACUCAUCUCAACUAUCGCCCACAUCACACUCACCACCUUCACAUCACAAUCAGCACCUUCACCACCAGCAAUCUCAACAAAACCAAUCAUCAAACCGUUCAUCGUCACCUUCAGAUCAACAGCAAUCUCAACGAGAAGAUUCUGUCAAGCAACAAUUAAAUUCAAUUAAAUCAUCAUCUCCACCCAAUUCACCUCCAGCAAGCAACGGAUCCCAUGCAAGUCAUGAGAAAGGUCACGAAUCAUCGGGUGAACUUUCAGGAGAAUAGUCAAUCACCAAAAUCAAUGUUAUCAUCAAUGACUUCACAAAAGACAGUUAAAUGUGUACAAUGUGUGUCAGUUUCAAAUCUCUCUUUUUUUCUCGCUUCUCUCAGGUGAUUCAAGUUUCCUUACAUUGUAAAUAGCUCACCUUCAUUAUCAUCAUUAUCAUCAUCAUCAGCUUAAUCCACAGCCAAGAUGAAAAGGAUAAAGUGACAAACGUUUUAAGUGUUAUAAUAAGCAUCAAUAUUUCAUUGAGGAAUCAACAACAAAUGGAGAAACUUGAAGUGUUCACUUUGAGUUGAUCACUUUUUUAUUAAACAAAAACGCAAAACCAUCAACAAUUAACCAACUAAACAUUACAAUUAUGAUUACUACAUUAAUUAUUAUCUUUAUUAUCACUUAUUUUAAAUCUUUUACUUUACCCUUUUGCUUUUGCUUACCAAAUUAGUAGUUACAGUCCAUUAACAAGUCAACAUGAAAAGUAAAAAAAAUCAGAUUUAAAUAUUAGAAAAGGUUUUCUUAUUCAAACCUUGAUGCAAAUAUAAAUGUAUGCAGAACGGACUUUUGAACCUUUGAUCGUAAAGUCGACUGAUUAUCAAACCUUUGAUAAAAUGAAUGAUCGAAUCAAAAUUUCAUCAAAGUCUGCCUGUAUAUUGAAAAUUAUAAAACAAUAUGAAUAUUGAUGAUAAUAAAAAUGGUAAUAAUACUGAUAAUAGUUACGCUUAAAAAAUGAGAAAAACUGGAAAAAAAUGUUUCCAUUUAGAUUUUUCUUGCUUUUCAUUUAUUUCCUCUCCAUUUUACCUCAUUUAAUUUAUCAACUAAUUGUCAUCAUCACCAUUGCGAUAAAUGAAAAGCAAAAGGAAGAUUCUUUGUAUCAAUUUCGUUCUGUUUUAUCAUUUACUUUUCUCUUCCCUCCAAAUUCCCAAACUUUGUAUUCGCCUCAGCAUCUUCUCACAACUCAUCACCAUAGUCAACAUGAUCCAACCAUCAACUGAACAAGUCAUCUUCAGCGGUCAUCUUUAAAGGACAUCUUUGGGUUGAUGCAAUUAUUGUUAUUACAUGCUGAUGAUUAUGGUGAUGAAGGUGAGAAGAUAAUCUUUCCCUUCAUUUGUUUCUUAAACAAAAAGCCAAGCAAGUGAUAUAACAAUAAUGAUACAAAAUAUGUAAUUGUAAAUCAGAUAACAAAAUCUUUUAGCACAGCAAAGACAAAAACAACAAAAUUGCGCCAAAAUUUUGACAAAACUAAAAAUGUUGUGUUUCAAAUAUAAUCUCAAUCUACUAAAAUGA